UUCAACAAAGUUCAUUUUAUUGUUAAUAAUUGUUUCACCACACAUCUGUUUGAAAGUUUUACAUAAAAUAAAAUGGCUGAUGAAAGAAACUCGGAAAGUUUUAUUCCAUCUGUGGUUAUUCUGUCUUGUCUGAUGGUUGUUGGAUUUGUUGGUAAUCUGCAUGUUAUUUUCGUAUAUGCGUUCAGGUUAAAGUUAACAAACCAUGCAAUUUUUAUUAUAGUUCUGAGCAUUUAUGAUAUCGGUGCUUGUAUUGUUCUUAUUCCUUUCAUAAUAUACAUGUACAUCAAUCCAUGGACAUAUGCCAGUGAUUAUACCUGUAGGAUCUUCGAUUUCAUGAUGGGUUUAAUUUUCACUGGAUCAGUUUUCACCCUACUGUUAGUUGCUGUUUACAGAUAUAGAAAGGUAUGCCGGCCACAUGGAUGGCAGAUAAAAAACCGUGUUGCUAAACUGCUUUGCUUUAUUGCUGCGAUAUCUGCCUGUGUUUGUUCAUGUCCAUUACUUGCAUUCAUUGAGGUAAGGACAAAAUCCGUGAAAAAUGAAACAUUUACAGUGUGCGUUUCAGUUAAAGACACCAUAAUUUAUGCCCUUUAUCAUUGUAUACUUAUGGCGCUGAUAGCUUUUGUGUCGUUAUGCGCUUUGGUAUCUAUGUAUGCAUGCAUUUUAAAAGCAGCAUCAAGAUUACAUGCCAAAGUAAGGUUUGAUGGUGUUCACAAAAGUGGUGUAACAGGUUUGAAGCAUAUAAAACUAAAUGUUUUAAAUAGACAUAAAGAACUAUCAACUUCAUGUUCAAAGAUAAUUGAUACGCCAGAAGUCGGAUAUAAUCCAGAUAACAUUGAGGGCAAGACAAGAGAUAAAAGCGAGACUUUAGCAACCUGCUCCUCCAACCAUAUCAAAACAGAGACAACAAAUGACAAUCACCUGAGAAGGAAAAGAAUUCGACAAAUAACCCUAGCUUUUAUAUUAGUGACAGUUUUCUUUUGUAUUAGCUAUAUUCCAUUUUUAUCUGUGGAAAUCGUUAGGAAACUGAGACGAUUGACCCCCUCAUACCACAGUAUAGAUAUUCAUAUUCCAAAACACAUAACAAGGAUCUGUGUAUUUAUCAACAGCGUAGUAAACUGUUUUAUCUACAGCUGCUUUGACAUACAGUUCCGACAGGAAGUAGGGAUGUUGUAUAAAAGGUUAUGUCGCAGACGACAAGACCGACGGUCAAAUUAAUACAAACCAUCUAGUUGGAAUUUCUCCUGACCAAUACAAAUGAUAAAGAUUUAAUCAUGAUAGCUUCACGUAUGGAUAUGUGUAGUAUUUUUUUGACUUUCACUAUGCAAUAUAUUUUCAGUCUAGGUACAAACUUUUCAAAGUCGAUAUAAUAAUAUUUUAUUUUAUAAUUUAAGAAACAGUUACUUUAGAAAAUAACAGGAAAGAAAUGGAAUGCUUAUUGUUUCCGCAUUGUCAGUCCGUCCCUUAAUUCCCUUAAGUUUACCCGAAAUACUUCUCGACAACCACAGAUUUGAACCUGUCUGCGAUCUUGAUAUUUCACAAAUAAAAGCGAAUAGAAUAUAACACGGAUAUAUAAGAUCGUGCAGCGGGAAAUAUUUAUUUAUUUCCAAUUUUUUGUCAGUAGUCCAAAAUACAAAAAGAAUUUACGUGGUGUAUGCUUUGUUCAAAGGAUAAUUAUAUUCAGAUGAAAUGUUUUGAGCAAAUUUGUACAUGGGCUGUGGCUGCUUACUGACUUAUUUAAAUUUUCGACAGUAAUGGUAGGAUAUUUUCGUAACAUCACAACCUGCUGAUACUACUAUUGACCGCUAAUGUGGAAAUCUAAUUUAAGUUGGCAAACAGGAAGUUGAUGAGUGACAUACUUGAAAUUGAAUUCAACGGUAUGGGACCACAUGUUGAUGCUGUAUACCAAAUAUUAAAAGGCUGUGAUAAGUAGUUGCUGAGAAAACUGUUACGAAAAAUUUCCUACCAUUAACCAUUAAUGUUAAAAAUUUAACUAAGUCGGCAAACAUUCACCAUACUAUAACCCUUCACCUUUGAAACCUGGCCAAAAAUCAACACCAGGAGUAAAAAGAUUCAAUAUACAAGUAAUUAUUCACAUGUUGUAUGCGAUUAAUGACUGAUUUUACGGUAUUUACAAAUGUAUCACCAUAUUUCUACUGCGUGACUAAGGCGGUAGGGGCUAUAUUGCAUAUUCUGACCUGGUUCUUUAAUAUAAUUUAAGUUGAUCGUUCGUGUCGUUUGCAAUGCGUAAAUUAUUUUUUUUAUUAACUGCGCAAUAACUUGAGAUAUUUUACUCUUAGAAACGUUUUCAAAAUUUUCGUGAAAAUCAACACGAAUCUGGAGCCAUGCUGCUUUAAAAGUAAUAAUCAAAGAUGUUAAAUCAGCAAAUUUGUCAAUAUAAAGUAUUUAAACUGUAGCCAAGUUUUGGAAAACUUACAAAAAAUGUAAAUUUGAUCAAUCUUUUUAAAAUAUUUUGCAAUUAUAUUUUAACAAAAUUAAUCGUUCUAAUGUCGCGGAUAAGGUAGAAAAUGGCGCUAAACCAGUAUAUUGUCACAGUUUCUACACAAUUUUGGUUGAUGCAAUGCAUUUUCCUACUGUAUUCAAUUCCUAUUGCUUUUUUAGUGUAACAACAAAACAAUUUAAGUAUUUUUUCUUAUCAAUAAUUCCAUGUACCAUGUAAAUAAAUGUAUAAAUUCUGUAGUCAUACUUUGUAAAUAGGUUAUGCAUGUUGUAUUUUUAUUCAUUUACUUUUUUGUUUCAUAGAUUAAAUAUAUGUAGGUCGCGUACCUUUAGAAAUAUUUAGGGCACGUUUUUCACCGGUUUUUAUGUAUCUCUCUUGAAAACUUAAUCAAUGGUCAUAUAUAACAGUAAGUUUGUGUUUUUACAUAGUUAAGCAUGCUUUAUCUCAAGGCCUCAACAGACGGUAGAAUUUAGUUGUACAGCACUAAUUAGAGAUAAUACAACACUUGCAUUCAGACGGUAACUCUACAUUUACAUAAAUACUGAAUGUCAUGCCUUAACACUUCACAAAUAGUUAACAAAAUACGUGUUUCAACGAAGCACACCGAUAAUUGUAUUCAUCUUCACUUCUUUGUUGUGAAAUACGAGUUUAUGUUACAAAAUUUCUCAAUUUUCUUGUACAUGGCGGACGUUUCGUCAUACUUCCGGUUUAGUUAUAUUUAUAAUCUCAACUCGAGGUCAGAUUGAUACAGAUAAUUUCUGCGGCAAAGUUGUUGAAUAUACUGAUUGAUAUGCAUUAUUAAAUGAUUUGAAUUGCAUGUUUGUUCUCAGAAUGAAAUAUUAUGACAUAAUUCGUUCAUCAGUAAGACCGGUGUAUAUAUGAUUUUUCCCGCAAACCGGAAGAAUGU